CCGGGGCUUGAAAUAUUACUUCCGUCCGAAGCCCAGCAGGGCGGACCUCGGAGGGGAAGGGACGAACGCCCAAAAGCAAGCCCCCUUACAGGCACUUCCGCCCUUUUCCAAGAUGGCGCAGACCAAAGGGGCCAGUCACCGCCCGCUGGCGACGUCGCGGCUGGAGUUGAACCUCGUGCGAUUGCUGUGUCGCUGCGAGUCGAUGGCGGCAGAAAAGCGGGCGCCGAACGAGUGGCGUCUGGAGAAGUAUGUGGGUGCCCUGGAAGACAUGCUGCAGGCCCUGAAAAUCCAAGCCAGCAAACCUGCCUCCGAAGUCAUCAGCGAGUACUCGCGCAAGGUGGACUUCCUGAAGGGCAUGCUGCAGGCUGAGAAGCUGACCUCCUCCUCCGAGAAGGCUCUAGCUAACCAGUUCCUGGCCCCUGGCCGCGUGCCCACCACAGCCAGGGAGCGGGUGCCUGCCACCAAGACCGUACAUUUGCAGUCCCGGGCACGUUACACCAGUGAGAUGCGGAGUGAGCUGCUGGGCACGGAGCCGUCUGGUGAGCUUGAGAUGGACAUGAGGAAACGCAUAGCAAAGGGGUCCAGGCCUGCAGAUGAGAAGCAUUCAGCGUCUGAGCUCGACCUCGUCCUCCAGAGGCACCAGGGCCUCCAGGAAAAGCUGGCGGAGGAAAUGCUAGGCCUGGCACGCAGCCUCAAGACCAACACACUGGCCGCCCAGAGUGUCAUCAAGAAGGACAACCAGACCCUGUCACACUCUCUGAAGAUGGCCGACCAGAACCUGGAGAAGCUGAAGAUGGAAUCGGAGCGCCUGGAGCAGCACGCACAGAAGUCAGUGAACUGGCUGCUGUGGGCCAUGCUCAUCGUCGUGUGCUUCGUCUUCAUCAGCAUGAUCCUGUUCAUCCGCAUCAUGCCCCGGCUGAAAUAAAGCCCACCGCCAGCUGAAGUCGGCUAACAUAGUGGAACCCUGAUUCUAUUCCCCACAAAUAGCAAAAGGCUUGUUAGCCACUUCAGCUGGUACAGGCACUUGCCACAGGGCCUGACAACCCGAGUUCCACUCCAGAGCACACACUGCAGAAGGGGAGCACACACAAAGUGCAGUAAGAAUUGGGGGAAAAAGGCAAAUCGAAACUUUUUUGUUGUUGUUGUUGUUGUUUUUCAAGACAAGCUUUCUCUGUGUAACAUUCCUAGCUGUCCUGGAACUAUCUCUGUAGUCUGUUGAAAUAGGAAGCGGCGGCGGGGCUGCGUCCCCAACACCCUGGCCGCUUGGCUAGCUCAUGCCCGAAAUAACAACACACAAACUGUAUUCAUUUAAGAACUGCUUGGCCCAUGAACUCUAGCCCUUACUGGCUAAUUCUCGCACUUGGACUAGCCCAUUUCUAAUCAUCUGUGUAAGCACCCCAAGGUGCGCUUACCGGGAAGAUUCUAGCCUCCGUCCAUGGUGUCUCUGCUCCAGAGAGCAGAGUUGUUGAGUCUCUCCGGGAGCAGAGCAGAGUCUGACCUCACUUCCUCUUCCGCCCAGAAUUCUAUUCUGUUUACUCCUCCCAUCUAUGUUCUAACCUAUGAGGCCAAGCAGUGUGUUUAUUACUUAACCAAUGAAAUCAACAGAUUGAUAUGACACUCCCACAUCAGUAGUCCAGGCUGGCCUCGAACCCACAGAGAUCCGCCUGCCUCUGCCUCCUGAGUGCUGGGAUUAAAGGCAUGUGCCACCAC